AUGUCUGUGUUUGGUCUGAUGUUGGGAGCUCUACUGGCGGCCAUCUUUGUUGUCCCCCUACUGUUUCCACUGAAGCUAACGAGUUCGUUUGACUAUUUAGAACAAAGAUUCAAGUCACGCUAUGCAAGGUUGGUGGGGACAUUCCUGAUGAUGUUGUCUCAGACCAUCUACAUGGGCAUCACGUGCUAUGGUCCAGCUACAGCUCUUAAGGCAGUGACUGGCUUCCCUCUGUGGGCCACCAUUUUAAGUAUUGGAGCUGUCGCCACUUUCUACUCAGCUCUCGGUGGGAUUAAAGCUGUCAUCUGGACGGAUGUGUUUCAAGCUGUCAUGAUGUUGGCUGGUCUGCUGGCUGUUGUCAUUCAAGGUACAUUAAAAGUGGGCGGAGCAUCGCGUGUAUGGAGCCUCAACGACCGCUGGGAGAGAAUUCAAUUUUUUAA